ACCGCAACUGCGCAGUCCUGUCCUCUAGGCCACACCCCCAGGUCCCUGCCCGGCUCCUCCGCCUGCGCUUGCGCAGGCCCCCUCCCCGAGCCCUGCCAACCAUGGUGAACUUGGGCCUGUCCCGGGUGGACGACGCCGUGGCUGCCAAGCACCCGGGUGUGCCCAGAGAAGGGACAGGAGAGGCGGUGAAGGAAGAGGGCAGGGGACCGAGCCUUCAGACCCCCCGCUCUGCCACCCCAGGGACUCGGGGAGUAUGCCGCAUGCCAGUCACACGCCUUCAUGAAGGGCGUUUUCACCUUCGUCACAGGCACCGGCAUGGCCUUUGGCUUGCAGAUGUUCAUUCAGAGGAAGUUUCCAUACCCUUUGCAGUGGAGCCUACUAGUGGCCGUGGUUGCAGGCUCUGUGGCCAGCUAUGGGGUGACGAGAGUGGAGUCGAAGAAAUGCAGCAACCUCUGGCUCUUCCUGGAGACCGGGCAGCUCCCCAAAGACAUGAGCACAGAACCCAGUUUCUGCCAUGAUAAAAUGGGCACAGUGACGCCACACCACGACGGAUAUGGUUCGAGCUUGUCUGUCUCUGCCUCUUACAGAUCAGCGAAGCCAGGAGAGCUCCGGCCGGGGCACAGAGGAUUGGGGGCAGUAGGAGUCUGGAACACAGCCUUCAUGCCCCCCGACCCCAGGCUGACCCUCCCCACACCCUAGGGUAUCCCAGUCAUAUCCUCUGUCCGCAUGCGUGGCCAGGCCUGAUAAACCUCUGUGGACCGCCGCUGCCCCAGCCUGGGACCUGCCCAGAAAGUUGGAGCAGAAGGCGCUCUCCUCUAGGUGAUGGUUCUCCUCUAGGGUAUUGGGACAGAUGGUCUGCACUGCCAGCAGAGAGGGUGUGUCUGGGGGCCACCACCUAGGGGGCACGGGGUAGAAAGGGCUUGUGCACUCUGUCAUUCCCUUUCUAGCCCCUGCACCUCCGACAAGUCCAAGGUGCUAGGACUUGUGCUAGCUAGUGCUAGGGGUGUUGGGUUAAUAAAUGGCUUAUCCUUCUCUCCA